AUGCUUAGAGCAGUUGUAGCCGUGUCGGCGGCGGAAGUGCUCCUUGAUGCAAUGGCACAAUGGGGUGCCCUUUUUGGCACAUGGUACCUCUCCUCCUUCUUUAAGGCAGCAGCCGCAGUCGUAGAGAAAGAUGUAGACCGAGCACAUUUUGAUUUCAAUGAGGAAGAGUGUCUCGUGAAAUAG